AUGUUUUCAAAAAGUUUUCAUAAUAUAACAACUAAAAAAUUCAUAAAUUUACCCUUAAAAAAUGCUAUUAUACCCACCAUAACAAGCUCUUCAAUAGUUAAUCAUCGUAAUCGUCGAUUUUUUGCCAGUCAAGUCAAUAAUGCAAAUAAAGAAAAAUUGAUAAUUUUUGACACAACUUUACGUGAUGGUGAACAGUCACCAGGUGUUACUUUUACUACAGAAGAAAAAAUUGAUAUUGCUAAACAUUUAUCAAGUCUUGGCGUUGAUGUUAUUGAAGCUGGUUUUCCGGUUGCUUCACCAGGAGAUUUUGAAGCAGUUGCUCGGAUAGCAAAAGAAGUUGGUCCAUUAAUGCAAGGUCGAGAGAAUAUCGGAAAACCAGUGACGAUCACUGGACUUGCGCGUGCAAAAGAAAAGGAUAUUAAACGAUGUUAUGAUGCAGUGUCACAAUCACCUUUACAUAGAAUACAUACUUUCCUUGCAACAUCCGAUAUACAUUUAAAAUAUAAAUUGAAAAUCGAUAGAGAAGAAUGUAUAAAACGUGCAUCAGAAGCCGUAAAAUAUGCAAAAAGUCUUUGUGAAGAAGUUGAAUUUAGUGCCGAAGAUGGUGGUAGAAGUGAUAAAGAAUUUUUAUGUAAAUUGUUGAGUAAGGUUAUCGAGUCAGGCGCAACUAUCUUAAAUAUUCCUGAUACAGUUGGUUAUACUAGUCCUGAAGAAUAUGGCGCAUUAAUUAGAUAUCUGAUUGAAAACACUCCUGGUUCAGAUAAGGCUAUAUGGUCAACGCAUUGUCAUGACGAUUUAGGUCUAGCUACUGCUAACACUUUAUCAGGAGUCCUUAAUGGUGCAAGACAAGUUGAAGUGUCUAUUAAUGGCAUUGGUGAACGUGCAGGUAACACUUCACUUGAAGAAGUAGCAAUGAAUAUACGUACACAUCCAGACUUUUAUCCGGUUUAUCAUUCAAUAAACACACAACAAAUUUAUCGUAUAUCAACUCUAGUCUCAUCUCAUUCCGGAAUGUUAGUGCAACCCAAUAAAGCAAUAGUUGGAGCAAAUGCAUUUCUUCACGAAUCUGGAAUCCAUCAAGACGGUGUUCUCAAAAAUAAGUCAACGUAUGAAAUUAUUAAACCGGAAGAUGUUGGUGUGUCUGAUGUGAAAUUAGUGUUGGGUAAAUUGUCAGGACGUAAUGCUUUUCGAUCACGUAUUGAUGAAUUAGGAUAUGGUGACAUGAGCGAAGAGAAAAUUAAUGAUGCAUUUGAACGUUUUAAAGUAUUGGCUGAUUCGAAAAAAAGAAUUACAGAAGACGAUCUUUAUGCUUUGUUGUCGGAUCAAAUUUCCGCAGGAACAGCUCCCGAGUCACAACGAUUCAAGUUACAAUCUAUUCAGGUAGUUUCAGGAACCGCAGAAAUGGCAACAGCCACAGUCAAAUUGAUAGACACAUUGGCAGGUGAUGAUGGUAAUAAAGAGUUAAUAGAUGCAGCUAUUGGACGAACUGGGCCAAUAAUGGCUGUAUUUGGUGCCAUUCAACGUUUAGUUCAACGAAAAAUUAGAUUGUUACAUUAUGAAGUUCGUGCAGUAUCAGAAGGUAUGGACGCUUUGGGAAAAGUAGUAGUUAAAGUAACUGAAGAUGUUGAUUCAUCGGGAUUAGAUGAAACAACAAAUUUAACAACAAAAACAGAGAUGGGUGGCGUUGUUAAUCCUAAUAAAACAUAUCUAGGUCGUGGAACUGAUGUAGACGUGGUCACAGCUAGUGCCAGGGCUUAUGUGAAUGCCAUUAAUCGAAUGUUUGAAGGAGAACUUAUUUCUGAUAAAAGAAGAAAAGGUGGUGCCGAAUGA